AUGUCGUCCGCCAACAAAGAAUACCAGCACUUCAUUCCCCAGUUUCUCCUCAAGAACUACUCACAUCCCUUUGUUUGCCCACAAGCCAAAGGCCCUUCAAAGAAAUGCAAGAAACACAAGCACGAGAAGGGCAAGUACCCAGGCGAUCCCGUCGUCAACAACCUCUGCCUCACGUCCGAGCCUUACACGCUGGAGGAGACUCCUGUGGCUCGCAUGUUUGGACAGGUAAACAUGUACGAGUACAUGACAACGUCGUCGGACAAGGAGCAUCGGCGCAUCGAGGAAAUGUUUGGUGGAAUUGAGCGCGAGGCCAGCAGGAUAUUUCACAGGAUCAAAACGGCCUUUGAAAAGGGACAGCCGGAUAUAUGUCUCUCGCGGACCGAUCGGAAUCUUAUGCGCAAGUUCUUCUUCUUGCUCAAGUAUCGCGGCUCUAGCUUUUAUCAACGCUUCCAUCACAGUGAUCUUGAGAGCUAUAAUAGCAUAGACAAGAAGCUGCUUCAGGACUACAUGGAAAUGCGUGGAUUCAAGACACCACUAGAUGUCUGGUUCCAUAACCUCGAGACCAUCAUGAAGCUCGAUCUGGGCACGGACUCGACAUGGGAGGGGACCAUCUGGGACCGAAUGUUUCAUGCCGAUGCCGAUUGGCUCAUCUCCCAUAUCGACUCCUUCUACCUUACCAUCUGCACUCCGGCCAACCCGGAUGAGGAAUUUAUUCUCUCUGACAACUCUUACAACAUCUUUGAGGGCCCCAACAUGUUCAUGGAGGAUGUGGAUACGGGGGAGCAGGCGUGCUCAGGACAUGCCAGCUUCCACGAGUUCGCGCCUCUCUCUCCGCGCCUGAUCUUUGUCCUUCGGUCCAUCUACCUGCCAGUGCCGGAGGAGGACAAGAUUCAGAGCCUGCGGGAAUGGCGCGAGCUUAUGCGAAAGGAGGUCUAUGACUGCUUGUCUGGACCUGGGACAGAAUCCAUGUUGCAAGAUCUGCCCGUUACAAAGGCGAGGAAUAGCUACAGCGACAUUGUCAACGGGGUAGUUGUGCCCAAGCCCAGUUGGAGUGGACAACAUUGCAAGGACGAUAAAUUCUUCUUCAAGUUCUUCCCGCUCGAGACACGGCAUGUUCGAAUGAUCAACGGUGUUCUACUGGACAGGUGCUCCUCCUGUUCUAGAAUUGCUUUCGGAUCGCAGGAGGCAUUUUUAAAUACACUGGACUGGUGGUUGGCUGACCAUUGCACUGCCGGGAAGAUUUUCCAGGGGGCGAUCGAUCAGGAUCGCCUCAAGUACCUCAUCAACCUACGGGAUUUCAUGGAGACGAUGGGGUGGGACAAGACGCUUGUGUACAUGCGGAUACCGGCUUCACCGGUACGGGGUAUGAAGAGUCUCCAGGAUCGGCAGAUCGAGUUCAGACGAAACCUGUACAGUAUAAUACUAGGCCCAGAGGCUUACCAAGCUCCCCUUCCAGAAGUCAUGAAACCUUACGAAAAGCUGGGCGGGAACCGGAGGACUGUGCUCUACGACGCAGCCCAGUCGGAGCUCAUGCUCAGGCUGCGCAUCAAGAUUGACGUUUGGAGCCAGGGAGUUGACGAGAAGAUUCGACACCGUAAUCGUUUGUUGUUGACAGAAGAGUACAUGAACCUGCCGUGUCACAGGUUCUGGAUGUAUUUGAAGUAUUGUCGGUCCCUUUUCUUGACCGGUGAAAGUCCUAUAGACAGGGACAUAGAGAAAGUUUUCCAGGGAGGCUUGGAGGAUGGAUUCACGGAAUUGUAUGGCUCUUUACCAACAGCAAAAGUGAAUCGAUGCAUGUACAACGCCUACCACGAUGAGAUUCUUUACCAGGGGGGCUUUAGAGGGUGUUUAUAA